GAGUGUCACACCACCACAAGCACAUACGGUAGUGGCUUCCUCUUUCAGGGCAUUCAUACAAAACAUAGCACAAUGAAGACUGUUUCUUCCCCGCUGCAAGGAUUACAAUUAAAUUGAGUGAAAAUCUAGCUUUUCUUUGAAGCCAGAUAUAUUUUAGGAUAGAUUUGAGCCUUUUUUCCCCCCCGCAAGUAAGGGAAAUGCCAACUGUCAGCAGGUAUAUGAGUUUUCGUUCAUCAAAAAGGAUUAAGUUUUCCAGCAGCUACCCUGUAGAGAGCGGUGGUGGUGGAGUGCCAGCCAAAGUUAAGAAGAGCAGGAGCACUUUGAGCAAAGACGGCAUCAAAAAAGUAGAGGCCAAGAAGGUGUUGAGUCUGGAGACCGCUCAGCUGGAGCUCCAGGAGCAACACAAAACCCUCAGCAGACAGUUAUCCAUCAGGUCGCAAACUUUGGACGUUGAAUGCAGAGGGUUCGAAAGGACUAAGGCCAGCGGCACACAAAGCAGUUUCAUAAAGCACAAUGCAACAUUCCACAAGUUGUUUCCAGACAUUCCAGAAAAUGAAGACUUAAUACAUGCAUACAUCUGUGCCCUGCAAAAAGAAGUGCCCUACCAUGGUCGACUAUACAUUACUAACAGCCAUGCCUGCUUCCAUUCCUCUGUUCUGCUCAAGGACACCAAGGUAGUGAUCCCCGUCUCCUGCAUUCAUAUUGUCAAAAAGCAGAACACUGCUUUGCUUGUACCAAAUGCCUUGUCAGUCCGAACCACAGAUGGCGAAAAGUUCCUGUUUGUCUCGUUACGGAACCGAGAAGCUUGUUAUCAGCUGCUGCGCUCUGUCUGUCCUCAAGUUGAGGACCGCAGUGCCAACAGUAGUCCAGUCAUCUCUUCUGCAGAGCACAGCUAUGACAAGAACAAACUGGUGAACUCCAGCCUGUCCAGUCUGGAUGGCAGCUUUGACCUCAACGGGUCCGAGUCGCAGUCGUUACAGGACCAACCUCUGGACAGCACAAACAAAGAGUCUGCACUACCCAAUGAAAAAGAUUUUUCUUUCAAGAGCCUGCGUGAGCCACAGAGUAACAGCUCCUCUCCAGAGGACAAUCUGCCUGUUUCAGCUGCAGGUGGCUGGUGGGUUUGGAAUGUGCCGGAGAAGGCCAAGUCUCUGCUGGUUCAGAGAGAGGCCAGCACCCUCAACACGCUGCUCUUUAUCUACUUGAUACUGGUAGUGGUGCUGUUGCUGUCUUCGGGCUACAUUGGCUUGCGUAUUGUGGCCCUUGAGGAACAGCUGACGUCACUUGGUGCAUUGCCAGAGUUCACCCUACAGAGCGGGUACCGCCAAGACACAUAACACUCAGCGACCGAAGGAGAGGGAGAAUGACUGACUUGUGACUUGGAGGAUCGCUUCCUGCUGAAGACUCUUCACGUGCUCGGAACGUGCACCCAAGACACGACACGUCAAGAGAAAGUUGGCCAAACUGUGCAAUUUCUGAGACAACUUUUUAACUUGAAGGGCUAAGCUUGCAGUAGUUUAAAACAAAACAAACAAAAGAAAAAGAUGCCACCACUUGAGUCACACAGAGCCGAGCCAAAACGCAUGUACAUCCUGCCUGGUUGCAGCGUGUCUUGCUGUGUGGACCAAAGCUUGGAGGACGUGCGAGCGACUGUUCCACCUCUUCUUGCACUCCUUCAGACUGAACAGGGCUAUACCCGUCAGCAUUAGCCAGCUGUUGUGCGCACCUCGGCACCGCAGACGUUGCGCUGCCGCUAGCCAAAGAUGUGCGCGUCUUUCCCCAUGGCGUUCGCCUUUCCUCCUGUCUUUGGAGGAACGUGUCUGUCUUAUUGUAAAUGUGGGUACCUCUCUUUUGAAUGUCUUCUCCUCCUAACCUGCUGUGGGCUGAGAUGAUGAUGAUCAGCCCACAGUGGUCACCUCUCGUGUUUCUCUGUGUCUUCAUCUUCUUUGACGUGAUUUAACAAAUUUAUUGAUCAAUGCUCGGAGGUUGUCAGCAAAGUUGGACAACAUGUUUGAAUGUGUUGUCAGCAGAAGUUUUUGGACAGAGUAGCAUCUCAACAUUUUGAGUUAAAUUUCGUUUUGGUUUUUUUUUUUUUUUUUUUUUUUUAGAUACACCAAUCAUGUAUUGCUAAUGGUUAUUGGGGGUCUGCAUGUAGGGGAACUGACUGACUACAAGUUGUCCCUUCCCUAAGUGCAGGACAACUCAAAACCGCAAUUGUUGAUAAGGUCCAAAUUUCAAUAGUAACAAAGAAUAGCGCCACAAAAUUUCAAACUAUAACAAAUGAGUAUUAUGCAUGGCAAAAAUGUCUUUUAUUCCGAUGUGCUGUUUUUAAAAUCAAAGAAAAUGUGUUCGAAAGUAAAUAUGUAAGUUGAAAGAAGCGAGUGCACUUUACCAAAUGCGUUGUGCCUGUCACAAUCCAAGACACUGGAUUGAGUAGAAAUGGCGAAAAGUUGUCUUUUCAGGUGUUUGUCUGGCGGUGUUAAGUUCUUUUGUUUGUUUCAAAGUGUAUUCACUCAGGGCUGGUGGGCAUGACCCACCAGGUAGAUAUUCCUUUGUCAUUUCAAAGUCUAGUGCUUGUCACUGGGCUCUAUGUCUUGACUUGGGUGCUUCUCCACAGACCCUUUGAGAGAGAGAGAGCUCGCCACUUUAGUAAUUUGACUUUAUUGCUUGACUUGAUUAUUUCUAUGUAAGAGCCUCUCCCACCUGCCUGAUGAUGCAUAUAUCCACGCUACAGCUCACACUUUGUUGUGGAGGUGCUCCUUUCCACAGCAAAGACCAGAUCCACUGCAUCACGAGUUACGUUUGCUGCAUUAGACACACGCAGUACUGUCAGUUUCCCACCAGGGGUAGCACACGCACACAUCCACGGUCCUCGAGCCAAAAUCCUGAUGAGGGCAGAGUUUGUGUGGUUUUGCACUAUUCAAAGUUUUGUAACAAUUGUUAAAAUCCUUAAUUAUACUAUGGCUCUCUCUAUAUAUAUUUAUUUGCAUUCUGUGUAAUUCAAAGUAGUCUCUGUGAGAUGACUUUGCUAUUGUUGAAAAUAAAUCAAAUGUUGCGAAAA